CGGCAAGGUCGGCCAGGAGAGGAGGCGUGGUGUCCCGUGGCCGGCUGGGACUUCGUGGAGCCGAGCCGCCGGGACUACAGGAUGGGCUGAGGCGGCAGCGGCUCUCAGGACGAGAAGCCAGGCUUGAAAAUGGAGAUGUAUGAAACUCUUGGAAAAGUGGGAGAGGGAAGUUACGGAACGGUCAUGAAAUGCAAACACAAGGAUACUGGGCGGAUAGUGGCCAUUAAGAUAUUCUAUGAGAAACCAGAAAAAUCUGUCAACAAAAUUGCAACGAGAGAAAUAAAGUUUCUAAAGCAAUUUCGGCAUGAAAACCUGGUCAAUCUGAUUGAAGUUUUUAGACAAAAAAAGAAAAUUCAUUUGGUAUUUGAAUUUAUUGACCACACAGUCUUAGAUGAGUUACAGCAUUACUGUCACGGACUAGAGAGUAAGCGACUGAGAAAGUACUUGUUCCAGAUUCUUCGAGCAAUUGAGUAUCUUCACAAUAAUAAUAUUAUCCAUCGAGAUAUAAAGCCUGAAAAUAUUUUAGUCUCCCAGUCAGGAAUUACUAAACUCUGUGAUUUUGGGUUUGCAAGGACACUAGCGGCUCCUGGGGAUGUGUACACAGACUAUGUGGCCACACGCUGGUACAGAGCUCCAGAACUGGUGUUAAAAGACACCUCUUAUGGAAAACCAGUGGACAUCUGGGCUUUGGGCUGUAUGAUCAUUGAGAUGGCCACUGGUAAUCCCUACCUUCCUAGCAGUUCAGAUUUGGAUUUGCUCCACAAGAUUGUUUUAAAAGUAGGCAACCUGACGCCGCACCUGCACAAUAUCUUUUCCAAGAGUCCCAUCUUUGCCGGGGUGGUUCUUCCUCAAGUUCAACACCCAAAGAAUGCAAGAAAGAAAUACCCAAAGCUCAACGGAUUGCUGGCAGAGAUAGUUCAUGCUUGUUUACAAAUUGACCCUGCAGAGAGGACAUCAUCUACUGAUCUUUUGCAUCAUGAUUACUUUACUAGAGAUGGAUUUAUUGAGAAAUUCAUACCAGAGCUGAGAGCUAAAUUAUUACAAGAAGCAAAGGUUAAUUCCUUCAUAAAGCCAAGAGAGAAUUUUAAAGAAAAUGAACCUGUCAGAGAUGAGGGGAAACCAGUUUUUACCAACACGCUGCUUUAUGGAAACUCAUCACUUUAUGGAAAGGAAAUGGACAAAGACAAAAGGCCCAAGGAGAUCAAAGUCCGAGUUAUUAAAGUCAAGGGAGGGAAAGGAGAUGUCCCAGACCUGAAAAAGAUAGAGUGUGAAGGGGACCACCGGCAGCAGGGCCCAGCCGAUGACACGCACAGCUCGUCUCAGGACAGAAAGCCUGCCGUCGCCGAAGUGCCAAACCCUGUCAACCCCGGCACGAACUCUGAUGGUGUCAAAGAAGACCCACAUGCUGGAGGCUGUAUGAUAAUGCCACCCAUCAACCUGACAAGCAGUAAUCUGAUGGCUGCAAAUCUCAAUUCCAACCUCUCCCACCCCAGUUCACGGUUAACUGAAAGAGCAAAAAAGAGACGCACUUCUUCACAAGUCAUUGGACAAACUUUGUCUAAUAGCAGACAAGAGGACACAGGUCCCACGCAAAGCCAAGUGGAGAAAGGCGUAUUUAAUGAUCGAACAAGUCAGAGUGACCAAAUGGCAAGUGGAAACAAAAGAAAGCUGAAUUUUUCCAGAUGCGACCGGAAGGAAUUCCAUUUCCCUGAACUGCCAUUCACAAUACAGGCAAAGGAGAUGAAAGGAACGGAAGUUAAACAGAUUAAAGUGCUGAAGAGAGAGUCAAAGAAAACAGAUUCACCUAAAAUACCAACUUUACUUACUGUGGACCCAAAUCAAGAAAAACAAGAGAAUGUAGGUCAUAAGGCAGAUCCACCACUGAGGUGACUCUAAGAAGCUUGGGAAAAGAUCUCGGCACUCGGGGGAAUGGAAAGGCCUGAAUUGGCGUUUAUAAAUGGUGGAGGGAGUUGAGUAGGCAUGCUAGAAUACAUGUACUGUGUAAAGCCAGAUGCCCAAACAGAGAACUGUUCCACAUGAGGCUACAGAAGGCAGCACCCACUCACCGAGGCCAUUAAGGAAGUCCCGCCACACAGCAGUGCAAGCCUUGAAUGCUGAAAACCAUAGCAACAGACACUGAUGCUUUCCCAGAGAAGACCAACCAAGUCCUUCAUGUCAGCCUCCUCUGUCCUGGGAGAACUUGGAUUUCAUACUCAUGGGGACAGUAUAGAGCCUGUGUGUAGCUGUGUCUUGACUGCAUGUGGAUUCUUACCUGGGGUUCGUAGAAUAAUUAAUCCCUGGAUAUGGAAUCCCACACAACCCAGCACUGGACCUCUUCACAGUGAAGGAGGUAGGGAGUGCUCUUGAUCAUGGUGUUCACUGGUGCUGUCACAUGGAGUCCCACCUAAGGCAUCCAGCCUUGUGGAAUGCUGGGCCAGCCUUUAUACGCCAGAGCAAAUCUAUGACAAGAAUGCUGGGCUAUUCUGUGGGCUGUGCAUUAAGUCAGAGACCUUUUAGAGUGCUGGGUCCCCAGCAGGCAGGAUACUUGAGUCUGGGAAUCUCGGAAUGGAACCAGAAGUAGUUCCACUGACCAUCACUCCCAACAUUGGGGUUGACACCCCCAAUUUAGAGGGCUUUGUGCUCCCAUACCUGUAAUCUUGGGCUUUGGAGACUUGGAAUUCCUUAUCUCCAGAAGGCACACUGCUGUCAGGUCAGCAAGAGUCCCAUUUAAAGUUACAGCUGCCACGGCGUUCCUUGUGUAGGGACCGGCAGACAGGAAGAAAGUCACCGUUCUGAUGGAGAGAGAGCAUGUUGCUGUGGUCAGCCAGAUGAGGUGAUCAGCUGUGACACAGACAAGACAGAGUGGUGUGUGUGCUGAACCCAAAGUCACCGUGUCCGUGCCUCUUGCUAUUACUGCACACUUCCGGUAACUACCAAUGAACACUUGUAGCAGCCUCCAACUGAGAAGAUACACUUGCCAAGAGAGUCGGACCACCUAGAAAUGGAGGUUUCCGUACCAUCACAUUUGCCCUGAAAGCUACUAAGGACACAGCUGAGUCAGUUCCAUGGGUCAUGAGAAGGCUGAGGAACUAGCUGCUGGCCUGAGAUGGGAUGUCACUUUCCUGAGUUCCCCUCACGAAUAGGGUAAUGGGAACCAUGGACAUGCCCCUCUCCACAUCUGGAGUAGAUGCAUUGUGGUGGGUAUUUGGAGGCCUCCAAAAUGUACCUCUUGGAUUCUGGGGGAGAACAUUGUUGCCUGAUGGCCUCGGCUGCUGCACUCUGCGGCUCAUCACUACAUUUUCUCCGAGGCCACACUGCCUGUGUUCAUCUCUGACUAUGUCUUCCACUUGGCCUGCCUGCCUUCCACAAGGGUUGGCUCUGCAUUGCAGCCGUACCCUUCCGGCCGCCCCUGGCUCCUUUCCCACUGUCUUACUGCAGUUCCUUUGACAAAUGUCUUAGGUCAAGUCCUCUUCUUGCCAUAUGGCUUUUUGUACACUCAAGCUGACAAACUCUGCCAAGGGUGGAAUUUACAAAGCCAACCAAAGAAUCAAAGACUAUGCUUGCCUUGUAUGCAUGAGACCCUGAGCUGAUAUCCUCCAACACCCCAGAUCCAAACAGAACUUUCUAGAGUUAAAAAUGUAAUAGCUUAAUACAAAAGAAGAAAGAAUGUAUCUCCUAAGACUGCGGUAGAAAGCGUCCAAAUUAAGUAAUAAAGAUUGAAAUGAAAUGAAACAAAAUAAAAUAACAAAACUGGACGGGGAGUGAAGUUGGGACAAUAUUUAGGUAACAUUCUCUUGAAUUGCAGAAAGAAGAGAAAGGGCAGAAAAAAUGAUGGCUGAAAUGUUUCCAAAUGUGAGAAAAACUGUCCAUCUGUCUAUCUGGAGAGAUUUAAACUGCUAAGAAUUAAGAGUAUUAAAAUGAGCACAAAUCACAAGAUAUGGAGGCACUCAUCUAUGACCAUGUCACUUUGAAUGUGACUGAUUUCAGAAGCUGUGUGGUGUUGGCCCUCGAGGAUACUUGGAUGGAUGAAGGGGAUAUGCCACGCCACAGGAGGUGUGUGGUGAAACACCAGGGCUGACCAGGAGGUCUGGUGCAUGAAGGGAAACCAGGCCAGACUGUUUACUAUGGCGUCUUGGGAAGUAACAGGAGAGAUGGGGUGAGAUAUUUUAGGAUGGCGGUUUGUCUUAAGACAGGGUCUUGCUGUGGCUGACUUGGUACUUGAUACACAGCCCAGGUUGGCCUUGAACUCGUGAGCCUCCUGUGUCAGCCUCCUGAGUGCUGGGAAUACAGAUGUGUGCAAUUUCCUUGGCUAGAAUUGGCUGGUUUGAGUCAUUUUGGUGGAUUUGGGGUGAUGCGGCUCUCUUGCGUUGUCUCCUGGCUGGUGGGUGUGGUUACAGUGGUAGAGAAUGCUCUGAGUGUAAGAGGUUGGAGAAAAGGUGUCUGAGCAUAGGCUGUGGGGGAGUUGUUUGCCCUGAAUGGCACAGUUUCAAGUGAGGCCUGCACUCUCUCUAGGAAUUGCCUCAAGCUGGGACAGGAGUCGAGCAAUAGUCCCUUGAGGAUAAGGAAGACUGUCGUGUCAAACAUCAGAAAUACAGAAAAUAUAGUCUAUUGAGAGGCUGUGGAGAACAUCUAAAGUGGUGGAAAACAGCUUCCAAAAUGAAAACAUCUAUCUUCAAAUCAUAUAUCUGAUAAGAGACUGACAUCUUCAUAGAAUAUAUGAAGAAAUCUACAACUCAACAUAAGUACUGUGUUAGUUGGUUUUUAUUUUGAAGAGGGACCCUCAGUGAGGAGUUUCCUGGAUCACAUUGGUCUUGACUGAUGAUUGACAUGAGCAGACCUAACCCAUAAUGGGUGGCACCACCCCUAAGCCAGCCAGUAAGCUGCCUUCUUCUGUGACUCCUGUACCAGGUCCCUGCCUGGGGCUCCUGCUCUGACUUCCCCCAGUGAUAGGCUGUUUUCAAAAAGGAUUAGCUGAAAUUGACCCUUUCUUUCCCAAGGUGGCUUUUGUAUGUUUGUUUGUUUUUGUUUUUUCUUAUAGUGUUUGUCACAGCUCAGAAAGCAAACUCAGACAACUUAUCUGAUUUUAAAAAUGAGCAAAGGACACCGACCCUAUCAGACUAGGGCCCUAUCCUUACAACUUCAGUUAGCCUUAAUUACUUCAGCAAAAACCCUGUCUGCAAAACCGGUCCACAUCUGACAAGAGUGGGGACGGGUGGGUUACAGCUCAGCCCAUGCAAAUUCCUUUGCUCACUUAAUGGACGUUUAUUUUCUCGUAAUUCUGGAGGCUGGGGGACCCAUGAUCAGUGUCAGCCUGGAAAGGGACUGGUAAGGGCUCUCCUGGUUAGCAGGUGUUCACUGUUCACGGUGUACUCACAUGGCCCUUCCUCAGAGCAUGCUCAGUCGUGUUCUGUUGUUAAUCUACACCUUGAAUGAUUCUGUGUAUGAGUGUGGGUUAUGGAAACCCACACUCAUUUAGACAGGACCUGAAUAGACCUUUCUCUGAGAAAGAUGUACAGGUGGGCAGUAUCUUCAGUAAGCUCAAUAUUUUUAGUUCUCAGAGAAACACACAUCAAGCCUCAAAUUGGGUACAACUCUACCAUCCCCUAGGCUAGACAGAAUUAGAAGGUCAGUUAAUGACAAACACUGGUCAGAACCUGGAGAAACUGGAAUCUUCAUACACCCUGCAGAUGGGUUAUAGAGUGAUUCGAGUGUUUUGGAAAAAAGUCUGGUCAGUCCUCAACUGCUUGCAGAGAAGUUCUACUCCUGUAUGUGUCCAGUAAGAAGUGAAAGUAUGCGUCUACAAAGAAACAGGAGCUAAACUGUGUCAAACAACCCAUGCAAUAGAGUAACAUUUGCUCCUAAAAAGAGUAAAGAGGCUGCAGGAUGGCUCAGCAGGUAAGAUGCUUGCUGUCCAAGCCUGGUGACCUGAGUGUGAUCCCCAGAGGGAGAGAAUCAACUUCAUAAUUGUCUUCUGAUCCCCAAAUGCAUACCGUGAUACAUGUACCACCCCUCCACAUCACACGUGUGUUCACACACACACACAAUAAUAAUAGCAUUUUAAGGAACUUACUGAUGCAUGCUACAAUAUGGAAUAACCUCAAAAAAAAAGUGAAAGAGAGCCAGGUUUGGUGGUGCACAUUUUUAAUCCCAUCACUCAGGAGGCAGAAGCAGGUGGAUGUCUGAGUUCGAGGCCAGAUUGGUCUACAGAGUGAGUCCGGGGGCAGGCAAGGCUGCAGAGUGAUGCCUUGUCUCAGAAAACCGAAAAAAAAAAAGGAAAAAAAAAAGAAAGGAAGGAAGGGAGAAAAGAAAGUUACAAGAGCUACUUACUUAUUAUUACAACUCUGUUCAUGUGAGGUGUCCAGUUUAGGGAAAUGUAGCAGGGCAGAAUACAGGUUAGCAGUUGUUUUUGGCUCAAUAUAAAUGCGAUGUGUGUGGAAACUGAUGUUCCAACCAUGUAAAUGGUUACAGUAGAUAUAAAUGGUUCAGGAAGGAAAAGAAUAUGAUCAAAACAGUAUGCAAAAAUUUUAAAUACAGCCGGGCGGUGGUGGCGCACGCCUUUAAUCCCAGCACUCGGGAGGCAGAGGCAGGUGGAUCUCUGUGAGUUCGAGGCCAGCCUGGUCUACCAAGUGAGUUCCAGGAAAGGCGCAAAGCUACACAGAGAAACCCUGUCUUGAAAAAAAGAAAAAAAAAUUUUAAAUACAUAAAUGGUUCAAAUACUCCGGCAACAAAACCGAGAAUUAUCCAGUUGAAAAAGAGUACGAUUCACUAGUAGUUAGACUACGAGAAACAUGCUUCGGUGUGAAGAUGCAUUAUAAAGGGAAAGGCAGGGGAAAGCAUGCUGACAGCAGUCAUUGGAGAACUGAAGUGUCUUAUCUGACUGAGUCUAGUCCUGGACAAAGAACGCAGCGAUAGAGAUUUGCCAAUGAUAAACAAUCCAUUCUUAACAUGCAACUAUUUCAA